AUCGUAGUUGAGUUGACUCAAGGUGGUCGCAGCCAGUCGUAUCCAAACGCCUGGAAGCACUAAACAAAACACGUCGGUGCGCUGAAUUCAUUUGUUUUGAACGAGAUUUUAUUGUUUUAUAUGCGGUCAUGCAGCCACACAAUCCAAACCAGAAUCUAAAUACGCUUGUGGCGAAUCCCAUCAUCGUAAAGAUGAACGACAUACCACAGCUUUCUUCAGUCGGCCUCUUGGAGCUGGCGCAUAGAGAAUAUCAAGCAGGAGAUUAUGAAAAUGGCGAAAGGCAUUGCAUGCAACUUUGGAGACAAGAUACUACAAAUACUGGAGUUUUGCUACUGUUGUCAAGCAUUCACUUCCAGUGCCGUAGAUUAGAAAAAUCUGCCCAUUUCAGUACAUUGGCAAUUAAACAAAACCCACUACUGGCUGAAGCUUACAGUAAUCUUGGAAAUGUAUAUAAGGAGCAAGGACAACUUCAAGAAGCUUUGGCAAACUACAGACACGCUGUUCGUUUAAAGCCCGACUUCAUUGACGGCUAUAUUAAUUUGGCCGCUGCUUUAGUUGCUGCUGGUGAUAUGGAACAAGCAGUGCAGGCAUACAUAACUGCUUUGCAGUAUAACCCAGAUUUGUAUUGUGUGAGGAGUGAUUUGGGUAAUCUACUUAAAGCAUUAGGUCGUUUAGAUGAAGCUAAGGCAUGCUAUUUGAAAGCAAUUGAGACCAGGAAUGAUUUCGCCGUCGCUUGGAGCAACCUGGGUUGUGUUUUCAAUGCGCAAGGUGAAAUCUGGUUAGCCAUUCACCAUUUCGAGAAGGCUGUCGGAUUGGAUCCAAACUUCUUGGAUGCAUACAUCAAUCUCGGCAACGUUCUGAAAGAAGCCAGAAUAUUCGAUAGAGCGGUAGCGGCGUACUUGCGCGCGCUCAAUCUAUCACCAAAUAAUGCAGUUGUUCAUGGAAAUCUGGCCUGUGUUUAUUAUGAGCAAGGACUCAUUGAUUUGGCCAUCGAUACCUACAGGAGGGCAAUCGAUUUGCAGCCGAACUUUCCAGAUGCAUAUUGCAAUCUGGCAAAUGCCCUUAAAGAAAAAGGGCAGGUAGCUGAGGCCGAAGAAUGUUACAACACAGCUCUGAGAUUAUGUCCAUCGCAUGCAGACUCCCUCAACAAUUUGGCAAACAUCAAGAGGGAGCAAGGGUACAUCGAGGAGGCGACUCGUUUGUAUCUCAAAGCUUUGGAGGUUUUCCCAGAGUUUGCUGCUGCCCACAGCAAUUUGGCCUCUGUUUUGCAGCAGCAGGGUAAACUGAACGAAGCCCUAAUGCACUAUAAAGAGGCCAUUCGCAUCCAGCCGACGUUCGCAGAUGCUUAUUCAAACAUGGGAAACACUUUAAAGGAAAUGCAGGAUGUGUCUGGAGCUUUGCAGUGUUAUUCACGUGCAAUUCAAAUAAAUCCUGCGUUUGCUGAUGCGCACAGUAACUUGGCCAGUAUUCACAAAGAUUCGGGAAAUAUUCCGGAGGCCAUUCAGUCAUAUCGCACCGCUUUGAAGCUGAAGCCAGACUUCCCAGACGCUUAUUGCAAUUUGGCACACUGCUUGCAGAUUGUCUGCGAUUGGACCGAUUAUGAAAAUCGUAUGAAGAAACUUGUUAACAUUGUAGCUGAUCAGCUUGACAAGAAUCGUUUACCAUCGGUUCAUCCUCACCAUUCCAUGUUGUAUCCGUUAUCACAUGAAUAUAGGAAAGCAAUUGCCGCGCGUCACGCCAACUUAUGUCUGGAAAAGAUCCACGUUCUUCAUAAACCGCAGUAUAAAUUUAUAAUUGAAUUGAAGUCUCGCCUCAGGAUUGGAUACGUAAGCAGCGACUUCGGCAAUCAUCCUACAUCGCAUUUAAUGCAAUCCGUUCCAGGACUUCAUGAUAGAGCAAAUGUUGAAGUAUUUUGCUACGCGUUGAGUCCAGAUGAUGGCACUACAUUCCGCACCAAAAUUGCAAGAGAGGCAGAGCAUUUUAUUGACUUAUCUCAGAUUCCCUGCAAUGGCAAAGCAGCCGAUAGAAUUCACGCAGAUGGUAUUCAUAUCCUAGUGAAUAUGAAUGGUUAUACAAAGGGCGCUAGAAAUGAGAUAUUUGCAUUGCGUCCAGCACCCGUCCAAGUUAUGUGGCUCGGAUACCCUGGAACCAGUGGAGCCAGUUUUAUGGAUUAUCUAAUUACGGAUGCGGUUACAUCCCCAUUAGAGUUGCAGUCGCAGUACAGUGAAAAACUAGCAUAUAUGCCGUACACUUACUUUGUUGGUGACCACAAGCAAAUGUUCCCUCACCUCAAGGAGAGAUUGAUUGUUUCCGAUAAGGGCGCGAAUGGUAUUGCUGAUAAUGUAGCAAUUAUUAAUGCUACCGAUUUAUCGCCUUUGGUGGAAAACACUCAGGUGAAGGAAAUCAAGGAAGUAGUGCAUGCACAUAAGCCAGUUGAAAUAAGUCUUAAAGUCGCCGAGUUGCCAACAACUACGCCAAUAGAGACCAUGAUCGCUUCAGGUCAAAUCGAGACUAGCUUAAAUGGUGUUCUUGUACAGAACGGAUUAGCAACGACGCAAACAAACAACAAGGCUGCAACUGGAGAAGAAGUACCGCAGAACAUUGUCGUCACCACUAGACAACAAUACGGUCUACCAGACGAUGCCAUUGUUUAUUGUAAUUUCAAUCAAUUGUACAAAAUAGAUCCCAUGACUUUACACAUGUGGGUACAUAUUCUUAAGAACGUUCCGAACGCGGUUUUGUGGUUGCUUCGCUUCCCAGCUGUAGGAGAACCCAAUCUGCAGGCAACUGCUCAGCAAUUGGGAUUGCCGGCUGGAAAGAUUCUGUUCAGCAACGUUGCUGCCAAGGAGGAACACGUAAGACGUGGUCAAUUAGCAGAUGUGUGCCUAGACACGCCUUUGUGUAAUGGACACACCACAAGUAUGGAUGUUUUAUGGACAGGAACUCCCGUCGUUACCUUACCCGGAGAGACAUUGGCUUCAAGAGUAGCCGCCUCGCAGCUUGCUACAAUAGGAUGUCCCGAACUAAUUGCUAGAUCUAGACAGGAAUAUCAAGACAUCGCUAUUAAAUUAGGAACAGAUAAAGAACACUUGAAAGCAAUGCGGCACAAGGUCUGGUCGGCCCGAACAACGUCGCCAUUGUUCGACUGCAAGCAGUACGCCGGUGGAUUAGAAAAGCUUUACUCCAAAAUGUGGGAUCGCUUCUCCGUCGGUUUGAAGGCCGACCACGUCGACGCCAAUCAGAAGUGAUGCAGUCAAUCUUCAACUUUGAAUCAUAUCGAUUGACGGUAUUUCGCAUAAGAAAUUAAUAUUGAAGAGUCGCGGAUGAACAUACACUGAUAAUUUAAAAAGACGAAACAGAGCAAGAAUGAAGAGGGAGAUAAGUCAAAUAAAUUAUAUAAAUAUAUAUUAGUUGAUAGAGAUUAUUAUUUUUUAAUAGUUUUUGAGACGAAAUGAAAAUUUUGUUUCUUCAGACGAGAACGUUAUAUAUUAUAUAUUGAACCUGGACAUUGAAUGUAUAGAUUAGAUUUAAGGAUGUCUUUGUUCAACUGUGACUCGAUUGCUGUGUUGUAUUUAUAUAUCUUGAUCUAUUAUAAUCUUAAACGUUGA